ACAGCCGCGGCCCGGCCCGCAGCGGGGAGCGGGCGGCGCGGCCCGGCGCUAGCGCAGCGCGGACACGGAGGCCGCUCGCCAUGGCCGACCCGAGCCACAUCCAAUCGGCCGCCUCCAAGAGCAUCCGGCCGUUCCGCUCCAGCGAGGAGUACCUGGAGGCCAUGAAGGAGGAUCUGGCCGAGUGGUUCAACACCCUCUACGACUUGGACAUCCAAGUGGACACCUUCCUGGAGAGCCUGGAGACCGGCUGCCACCUCUGCCGCCACGCCAACAACGUCAACCGCGCCGCGUCGGACUUCCAGCGGCGCCAGCCCCAGGCGGCCGCCCGCGUGGCCGUGCCCAGGGCAGACGUCACCUUCCAGGCCAAGAACGUGGCUCCCGGCUCCUUCGUGGCCAGGGACAACGUCUCCAACUUCAUCCGCUGGUGCCGCCAGGAGCUGGGCAUCCAGGACGUGCUCAUGUUCGAGACCAACGACCUGGUGCUGAAGAAGAACGAGAAGAACUUUGUCCUCUGCUUGCUGGAGGUGGCCAGGAGGGGCUCCAAGUUUGGCAUGUUGGCACCGAUGCUCAUCCAGAUGGAGGAGGAGAUCGAGGAGGAGAUGAGGGACCAAAGCUACGACACACACCGGGACCCCCAGGGACCCCCCGCCAGGGCCCGGCCCAUCGCCCUCUGCGACCUCAAGAACCUGGAUGAGCUGGUGCGGGAGAUCCUGGGCUGCUGCUCCUGCCCCUCCCAGUUCCCCAUGGUCAAGGUCUCCGAGGGCAAAUACAAAGUGGGGGACUCCAACACGCUCAUCUUCGUCCGAGUGCUCAGGAGCCACGUGAUGGUGCGUGUUGGGGGCGGAUGGGACACACUGGAACAUUACCUGGACAAGCACGACCCCUGCCGCUGCUCCUCCCUCUCUCACCGCCUGCCCCAGCCACGCCCCCCGAGCUUCUCCCCACAAAAGCCAUCCGCAGGCAGCCUCUGUGCCCCGCACCCCUCCAGCAGCCCCAGCGCCCCCCGCCGGCCCCGCGCAGCCGUGCCCACCUCAGCCUGGGACAGCAGCAGGACUGACCGAGGCAACCACCAGCUCAAAGACACUGGCAUCCCUAAACCACCCUCCGGCAGCACUAAACAAGAGGCUUUAAGCCCACGGGGGUCCGCAGCCCCUUGUGGCAGCCCUUCGAGGAGCCCCGCGGGGGGCACCCAAAGGCUCCGUGCCCGCCGCUGUUCGGGCGACAGCGACUCCUCCGCCUCCUCGGCGCAGAGCCUCCCGCCGGGCCCGAGGGACGGGGCCGCCCCCCGCCGCCGCGAGCCCAGCCGCGGGGGCCCGUCGCAGCCCUCCCGCGACGCCGCCGCCUCCCCGGCCGGCCGCACGGCUCCGGACGAACGCGGCCGCUCGCGGGUGCCCAACGGGCCGGGCCGCGCCCCGCCGCGGGCCCGCAGCCACGGCCGGGGCCCCGCGCCGCAGCCGCAGCCGCUGCUGCUCGUCAGCCGGCGGCGGGACGGGCAGCACUCGUGGGCUCGGGCCGAGCCCCGCAGCCGCACGCCCGGCUCCCGGCCGGCCGCCCGCAGCCCCGCGCCCGCCCCGCGCCGCGCCUCGCCGGAGGAGGCCCGCGGGGCCCGGCGGCGCGGGGACGGGCCCCGGAGCGACGGCGGGGCGGCGGAGGCGCUGCGGCGGGAGCUGGAGGAGCUGGAGCGGCGGCUGCGGGCCCCGGCGUGGCUGGAGCCCGGCCAGGAGCAGCGGCUGUUCCGCCGGCUGGAGGAGGAGUUCCUGGCCAACAGCAGGGCGAUGGAGCGGCUGCAGGACGCCGAGCGCCCGGCCGCGCCCCCGCCGCCGCCCCCCGGCGCGGCCGCCGACUCGGCCUAUUGCUCCUCCAGCUCGUCCUCGUCGUCCCUCAGCGUGCUCGGCAAGCACGGCCCGGCCGCGGGCGGCCCCGGGCCCCCGGCGCCCCCCGAGCCGGCCCGCGCGGCCCUGUCCAGCUCGUCCGAGGACAGCGGCGGCUUCCCCCCGGCCUGGGAGCCCCGCGGCGGCCCCGGCUCCGACACCGACGAGCCGCCGGAGGAGCCGCCGCAGGAGCCGCCGCGGGGCUGGGCCAAGCCCCGGCUGGACACUCGGCCGCACGAGAAGCCGUCCAGGAUCCCCGCGCCGCGGGGAGGCCGCGGGGCAGCCCCGCACAGCCCCGGCAGCGGCCCCGAGCCCUGGGGCGCUCUGCACAGCGUCCUCUCGGCGCUGCUGGAGCCCGAGGGGCCGCGGGACGACGCCUGGCCCUGAGCAGCGCCCGGCCCGCCCCAGGGACACGGUGUGAGGGGCUGGGCAGCCCCGACUCCUGCGCUCGGUGACUGCCGGCCCUGGGGGAGCAGCUGCAGGGGGUGGCCGUGGGGUGACGGUGCUGGGGGUGGCUGGGAGCAGGCCUGGGGAGCAGCUGGCUCUCCUGGGCGGGGCUCUGCUUGCUGCUGCUUCUCCUUCUCAUGUUCCUUUCUUCUUGGACUGGAUGACCUCUAAAGGUCCCUUCCAACCCCUACCAAGCCGUGAUUCUUGUCUUCUCCCCUUGGCCACCUUGUCUUGCUCUUAGCAUCUUGUCUUCUUGGCUGCCUUCUCCAUCUUUUCCUCUCCUCUUCCUUUUCUCCUGCUUCUCCUUCUCUCUUCUCUUCUCUUCUCUUCUCUUCUCUUCUCUUCUCUUCUCUUCUCUUCUCUUCUCUUCUCUUCUCUUCUCUUCUCUUCUCUUUCUCUCCUUCUUCUCCUUUCUCUCCUUAUCCUCUCUUUCUUCCCUUCCCUUCCCUUCCCUUCCCUUCCCUUCCCUUCCCUUCCCUUCCCUUCCCUUCCCUUCCCUUCCCUUUUCUCUUCUUCUGUCUCUUCCUUCUGUCUCCUCUUGGGAACAUGCAGCUUCAUUUCAGGUGUGGGGGUCACUUUUCCCCCUCCAGCUCCCCUCCAGCUGCAGCACUGGCCCUGGCCUGUGCCCCUGUCCCUGUGGGGAGGGGGCUGUGCAGAGCCCCCUGCCCCAGCCCCUGCACAUCCUCCCAUGCCAGUAAAGACCAAUGGAGUGGAA